ACUAUUCGUGAACUGCCAGUGGAUUGUGUUCUGCUAGCUUGGCGUUCUAGUGGGCAACAUGGCUGAUACAUUGAUUGAUUUGGAGAUGGCACCAACAGAAAGUGCACCGGAAAUUGUAGAUCAUAAUGAAGAGGAGUUGGCAGAGAUCAAAAAGGAAACAGGCAAUCAAUUAUACAAAACAAAAAAGUACAUACAAGCCAUUCCGUACUAUACAGAAGCAAUAGAGCUGUGUCCUGAUUCGCCAUCAUACUAUGGGAAUCGCUCUGCUUGUUACAUGAUGCUGCAUCAGUAUAAGGAGGCUCUAGAAGAUGCCAGGAAAUCAGUUCUUCUGGAUCCAAGAUUUGUUAAAGGCUAUAUACGAAUUGCAAAGUGCAGCCUUGCCCUUGGAGACAUUACUGCUGCAGAAAAUGCCAUUUCAUUUGUUAAAGAGCUGGAGCCUGCUAACACUGCAAUAUUACCUGAGAUAAAAAAAAUUGAAGUUGUUCGAAGAUUUGAAGAAGAAGCAAAGAAAGCUUAUUUGAAAAAUGACUACAGAAAGGUUGUGUACUGCAUGGAUCGUAUGCUGGAGCAAGUGCCUUGCAGUCUGUACAAAUUGCAGAGAGCUGAGUGUCUUGCCCUGAUAGGAAGAUAUCAGGAAGCUCAAGAAGUCGCAAAUGACAUACUGCAUUUUGAUAAACAGAAUGCAGACGCAAUAUAUGUUAGAGGAAUGUGUUUGUACUACCAGGAUAAUGUGGAGAAAGCAUUCAGCCAUUUUCAGCAUGUUCUUAAACUGGCACCAGACCACACAAAAGCAAUGGAUAUUUAUAAGAAAGCCAAGUUGCUAAAACAGAAAAAAGAGGAAGGUAAUGAAGCAUUCAAAUCAAAUAAACUAGCAGAAGCUUAUGCGUUGUACACAGAAGCACUGAAAAUUGACCCAUACAAUAACUCUACAAAUGCAAAAUUGUAUUUUAACCGUGCAACAGUGUGUUCAAAGCUUGGGAGGUUAAAUGAGUCUGUAGCAGAUUGCACAGCAGCACUGUCAUUGGAUCCUAAUUACUUAAAGGCUCUGCUACGAAGAGCGAAGAACUAUAUGGAACUAGGUGAAUAUGAAGAUGCAGUACGUGAUUAUGAAAAUGUUUGCAAAAUGGAUAAAAGCAGAGAGAACAGAAGACUAUUACAAGAAGCCAAAUUAGCUCUUAAAAAAUCCAAACGUAAAGACUACUACAAAAUACUGGGCAUUGACAAGAACGCAUCCACAGAUGAAAUAAAGAAAGCUUAUCGCAAAAGAGCUUUGGUUCAUCAUCCAGAUCGUCAUGCAAGUGCUUCAAGUGAUGAGAAAAAAGAACAAGAAAAGAAAUUCAAGGAAGUUGGAGAAGCAUAUGGAAUACUCUCAGACCCAAAAAAGAGAGCAAGAUACGACAAUGGCCAAGAUUUAGAAGACCUUGAAGGAAUGGGGAGUGAGGUGGAUCCCUCAACUGUGUUCCAAGCCUUCUUUGGCGAUCAGUACAGCUUUGGAAAUGGAGGAUUUACGUUCCAGUUUGGUUGAGUUGGAUUUUGUGUUACAAUUAUACUUGCAACAUUCCACCCACAGUUUCACUCCUCUUCUUCCAAAUUUUAUUUCUUUGACUUUAAAAGUUACAUACCAAUAAAUGUUUCCUGUGUUCGUUAGAAAAAAAAUCAUUUUUCUUUGACAACAAUAUUAAGUUUAAAAACUUAAUAUUCACUAAAUAUAUUCAGCAUUGCUAACUGAAUUAAAAUAUUAUUAGUAGUGAUCAUCUGUUAUCUUUACUAAGUAUUGGUGGCCUUUCUUACUUGCUUAAUUGUGGUUUAAAAUGGAUGUUGAUGCCAAAAAUAAAAGACUACUGACUGUGUGAUCUCAGUACCACUGCAAUAAUUAGAGAUGUAAGUAAUGUAAACUGCAUUACAUUUUGAUUAGUACAGUACUAGAUUUUAUAAACCUACUAACCGAUCCCAGCCAUUAUUGUGUGCAGUAUAUGUGUCUCUGCAGACUGCGCCAUUAACAUUUUGUGAUCAGUUGUCUGUUAAAGUCAUAACAAGUCUUAAAAAGAGGUAAGUUCAAUUUCUCACUGGGUCAGUGGUCUUGAGAACUUUAAGAACAGUCUUUGUAUCAUAGAUAACUACAUAUAAUAAAAUAACAGCAUAAUACAUGGUGGUAUUUGUCAUAAUCCAUGUAGAUCCAGAAUACUGUCUGCAAUGAUUCAUCAAACUUUUAAAAAAAUCCUUACCAGUAUAAAAUGUUUUUUUGUAUGUCAAGCAUGGUCACCUUUGUGCCAGAAAUUGUCGUAUUUAGACAAACUGAACUCAGUGUUACUGUUAAACUAUUUUUGCUUUAUGUUAGCACAUUCAACAAGUCAGUUGCACAUUUGAAAUACUUGUGUCAAUAACAGUAAGCUGUAUGGCUGCUGUAGAAUCCCUUUAUUUAGUAAUUGUGUGCGGGAGUGAAGGAACUAAGUGUAUGAGAUGUAGUUUCUGAAGAUAUGCAUGUGCCAUGUGCUGCUGUGCUGUUUAACAAUUUCUUUAAACUUUUUAACACCUUUGCUUCAUUUUCUUGCUAUCAUAAAUUACAUUUUCAGAAGUAGUGUAUUUGUACUGAACUUCCAUUGUACUAUAAUUGCUGUGAAGAAACCAUUCUGGUAUAAAAUUUUGUCUUUGAAAGUAUCCAGAAUACAUCACAUGUUCAAAUUUGGGAUGAAUGACUCUGGCAACUGCCAUAAAUGUUAAAAAUGAUUCCAAAAUUUUGUGAUACAAAGCCAACUAAAUGUGACAUUAAUUUUUCUUCUUUUGUUACUCGAAGGUGCUGUUCCUAUGUUUGUAGUCUUGAUCCUAACAAUGUUAUCUUAUGGCAGAGAAUAGUUGUAAUGCUGCACCCAGUAUUGGUACUACUGUUAUCGGCUGAAAAAAAGAUACGUGUACUUGGUCACCCCACUUAAAGAAGGUAGAUACACACUCCACUUAUUCGUGUCAGCUUCUCUGGUUCCAGUUUCUAAUGUAAAUACUAUUCUAUACAAUAAGAUGGGCAGCACAAUUGUAGAAGAUUCAUUUAUAUUGCUGUUGACAGUAACUGCUUAGAAGCAGUGGUAGUUCCAUGAGGGUCUUGUGUAUGUCCAUAUUUAAUGUUCUGUUCUACUUUCUAAAAAUUCUUGAAAGCUGGCUGUAGAUGAGAGUAGUAUGUAAUUUGUUAUAUAUUUGUGAUGAUUUAAAUUUAUCACUACAGAUUAAAAACUAAAUUUCUUAUUUCAUGAGAGUUAUUUUGCUUAUGUGGAAACCAGAUUUAUGGUUUAAAGAGCUGGAUUAUUUUUGCAGUUCAAAUAAGUAUACAAACAACUAAUGUUAUAAACCUCCCAUAUAAUGUUAUAUGUUGUACAUUUAAAAUUGGAAUUUAUGCAGUUGCUGAUACUGGCCUAAUGUGUCAAAGCCAACUGACAAAUAAAUACUGUAAACUAAAUAUUAAUAUAUUCUAUCGAGUGUUGACAUGAAAAUAGUAUUCUUAUGAAGCUGAAUAUAGUUUGAUGUGGCAUUUAGAGAGUGUAUUUGACAACUCAUAUUCAUCAUGUAAAUAAUAUACUGUCUGGAACCUGUUCAGUUAGAACAAAAAUCUGUGAACAUUGUAGUGUUAGUCAGUUUUAUACAUUACAUUGAUAAAAAUUGUUGCUUGAAAAAACACAUUUCCUUUUUUGAUCUUUAGUUAGCUGUGAAUAUAACUGUUUCUAAGGCUGGCUGAAUUAACAAGGUUGUGAGUUUACAAAAUUGUAAAUUCUAUUACACUUCCUUAACGAAUGUUUUAAACCCUCUGAUUAUUUCAGAUAAUGUAGACAUACAUGUAAUGUUUUUGCGAUGCCUGAAUCAAAAUAAGAAAGUGAUUGACAGCCACAUAGAAAGGGGAGGGGUGUUGGUUCACCUUUACCUUGUCUGUGCAGUGUGGCCAGGUCAUCAAGAGCUGUGCAGUUUUGUACUGGGUACAUUUCACACAUUCUCAGUUACUGUGCAGUAUUGAAUUUGCUGUAGAAAAUCUUAAUAGCCUUAUAACUUUCCUGUGCAUGUUGGCAGUAUAGUCCACAACCAAUCAUGGUAAUUGAUACCUUAGGUAGCAGAGCAAUAUGAUAACAGUGAAAAGAUUGGGAGUUGCCAUGAACUGUCUUCUCCAUUUGGUUGUUGCUGUGGUAGCUGUCCCAUAAACAACUAGCUGUUAAUCACUUUGUUAUUUCUGAUCCAAGUAUUGUUCAUAUUUGUCCACAUUCCUCCAGUGACGGCAUGCUGCAAAAAUUGGCAAUGGUAAACAUUGAUAGGAAAUUGUAAAAUGAACAGGUUGGGAUAAGUUUAAUGUCAGAGCAUUCGUAGUCAAUAUGACUAUCUCAUGAGUCACACAAUGAUCAGUGCAGGAAGCAAGCAUAUACAAAUAUUAACAGCUAGUGAAGUGAUAUUGCAAUAAUAUGUUGUUAGACACCUUUAGUCAGCAGCAUUUGACAUAUUGUGUGGUGCGGUACAUGUAAUGUUUCAUAGUAAGGUGAAGAAAGCUCCACUUGUGUUCACUCCAAUAAAAUUAUGCCACUAUGACCCUACUUAAGCACACAAAUGUACAGCAUUAUUGUAGUUAAAUUUAAUUUUACUUUACAUUAAACAUGUAUCUCUUUUUCUAAAACUGUAUUUAUUCUUUUAAUAAAUAAUUGAUUUUUAAAAAUUCAA